AUGCAGCUAGACCCUAAGCUAGCGUCGUCCUCGGGGGCGGCGGGCGCCGUGAGCGAGUCCGAGGCGUCGUCGCUCAGCGAUACAGACGUGCCGCCCCUCUCGGGCAGCAACAGCUCCUCGAGACAGAACAGCAUCUACCGGCACAACCACUGCAGCAACCAGAAGCCGCUCAACGUGUCAAACUCACACAUUGUGAACGAGAGGGAGCAGUACGAGGCACAGGUGGUGCCGGAGACGAAGGACAUCUCGUUGCCAAACCACGCCAUCGACGACAUCAAGGAGCUGUCCAUCGACAUCGGAGGCUCGUUGGCGAAGCUUGUGUACCUGACGAAGGACCCGCACAACGCUGGCGGUGUGCGCUUGAACUUCUACAAGAUCGAGACCGACAAGAUCGACCAGUUCAUCCGCUUCAUACGCUCGAUCAUGGAUACCCAGUUUGACCACUACAAGCAGACCCCAACCAUCAUUGCCACGGGCGGCGGCGCCCACAAGUACCACGACAAGCUCAGCAGCGAGCUCAACUGCCGGAUCCAGCGAGAGGACGAGAUGCAGUGUCUGAUAAUAGGCUUGGACUUCUUUAUCCGCGGAAUCAAGAACGAGGUCUUCUACUACGACGAGGCCAACAACAAGUACAUCGAGAUCGACCAGUCCGACGAGCCCGUUGGCGAGGUGUCGCCCUCCGUGUACCCGUACCUCCUUGUGAACAUCGGCUCGGGUGUCUCCAUGAUCAAGGUCACGGGCCCGAACGAAGGCAACUUUGAAAGAGUUGGAGGCUCAUCGCUUGGCGGAGGCACCCUCUGGGGGUUGCUUUCAAUCUUGACCGACUGCAAUAGUUUCGACGAGAUGCUCGAGAUGGCGUCCACGGGGAACAACGAGAACGUCGAUCUCUUGGUAGGCGACAUCUACGGCAUGUCCUACAACAAGAUCGGGUUGAAGUCCAACCACAUCGCCUCCUCGAUGGGAAAAGUGUUCAAAGAAGUGAUAGAUACCGAAAAGGGCGAUCUCUCGAGGGAGGAGAGACUGAGCCGGUUCAAACAGGAGGACAUAGCUCGCUCGUUACUCUACGCCGUGUCCUACAACAUAGGGCAGAUCGCCUAUUUGCAGGCGCAACGCUUCAACUUGAAGAAGAUAUACUUCGCAGGCUCCUACAUCCGAAAUCACUACCAGACUAUACGAACCUUGAGCUUUGCAAUCAAUUUUUGGUCUCAGGGAGAGAAGAAGGCUUAUUUCCUCAACCACGAAGGAUACUUGGGGGCCAUGGGGGCCUUUUUAAUGCGUCGAAAUGAUUUGGGCUGA